AUGUUGAAUGAAUGUGGUCUCAUCCUUGAUAUAUCAUACCGUACCUCACAAGAAUUCACACCAAAAACAACAGAAGUUGCAAAAGCUAUGGAAAACACACCGCAAUCCCAUAAACACAAAUCCAAUGUCCCAAAUGUCUCGGGACAUGAAACAGUAUUUGCAUGCAUGCUUUAUUUUCCGGAACACUUUGAAUUGAUCGUGGUAUUUGUACCAAUAAGUUUCACACUCGCUCACAAAUCAGCAACAGAAUUGUCCAAUUAUACCUCUGACGCCGAUGCCAAGGACCUGGAGCACAGAAACUACAGAGCGCUGGUCCUGGAAGUCGAGUUCCACCAGGUAGUGGACCUGGAGCGCAGGUACUACGGAGCGCUAGUCCUGAAAUUCAAAAUUCACCAGGUCAAGGACCUGGAGCGGAUGAGCUACGGAGCGCUUGUCCUGGACGUCGGAAUUCACCUGGUAGUCAACCUGGAACGCAGGAACUACGGAGCGUUUGUCCUGGGAGUCGAGUUCCACCAGGUCGUGGACCUGGAGCGCAGGAACUACGGAGCGCUUGUCCUGGACAAUUCACCAGGUCAAGGACCUGGAGCCAAUGAGCUACGGAGCGCUUGUCCUGGAAGUCGAAAUUCACCAGGUAGUAUACCUGGAGCGCAGGAACUACGGAGCGCUAGUCCUGAAAUUCAGAAUUCACCAGGUCAAGGACCUGGAGCCAAUGAGCUACGGAGCGCUUGUCCUGGAAGUCGAAAUUCACCAGGUCGUGGACCUGGAGCACAGGAACUACGGUGCGCUGGUCCUAGAAGUCGGAAUUCACCAGGUCAAGUACCUGGAGCGGAGCGCGAUUUUCAUACGUGCUCUUGA